AUGCACUUUCCGUUCCGUGUUUAUGAACAAGAAGCCCAUGCCAGAAGAUACAUGUCCAAGACCGUAUCAAAACAUGUCGUAGCCCCUCAACAUAAAAUAACUUUUGGGACGGUUCCAUGGUCAUCUAUAUAUAUAUAUAUUUUUUCCCGCAACAAGAUCGGAAAUCUGUCUCAACAGAACCAGUAUGAGUCGAGCAAACAGGGCCCUCAUCCUCAGUCUCAACCCACCCUAUCCUACAACCACCUGUACUCGUAUCCAACUCCGAUCGCAGCCACUGGGACUAAAGUACCAACUCCGCCUGGCAUGCCCACUCUUCCUGGACACAUGGCAAUGCAUAGGAUAUGGCCUUCCUCUCAUUCUGUUACAGAUAUUCUGGGCAUUCGAUCAAUAACGGAGCAGCAAAUUUGUGACAGUCCGUCCUUUCCCAGCACCAAACUAGAAGAAUGGAGAGCUAUUAACAGGAGUAAUUUUUCACCAGCGAAUUCUUCACUAGUCAAUGGUGUGGAUAAGCCUCACUUAGAACCAGAAGCAAAAUACACACAGACGCCGAAUGGAUUGCCCACAGUGAACAGUUAUGUCACAGCUCCCAGCAUCCAUCCUUACCACCCUCCCACCCAAGUGUCACCCUACAUGGGGUACAGCGGCACCACGUCGGCCUAUGUGACCGGCCCCACAUGGCAGCCGCCCAGUGGCAGUGCUCUCUCUCCCCACAGCUGUGACAUCACCACCCCGCUGGCCUUCAAGAGCACGGCUACCAUGCAAGACUCCGUCCAUUUGGUUGCCGCCUCGGCUCUGUGACUGUACUAGGAGCACAGGGGGUCAAAGAGCAGAAGGAAAGACAACAACAGAGAACGAGAGCGAUGGGGUAAAACACAACAACUUGGACUUUUUCAUCCUGGCUCUCUCUAGAUGGACCAAUCUUAUCGCUUUACAAUAUUUAUAAAAGACUUGUCGGAUGAGCCAUCUGCCGUUCUGUAUGCCCACAUUCUCUUGCUCCAUAUCAGCAUCUCUCACUUGCACAAGACAAAAGAGCAAGAGUGAGGAUAUGCAAACAGGAUAUCCUGUCCGAUCUGAUUUGAGCAGAGGAUUUAGCAGUAAAGAACAUCAGCAAUGGUGUGCAGUGCACUUGGUCUGAUAGUGGUGGGCAUUCCUCAUGAAAUUGCGUCAUCACUAGCCUGAGUUAAAUUUUGGUGCUUCUCUGUGAAUAUGUUGUUCUUGUAUGUUUCCAAGAAAAUGAUUGAAUAAGCAAAUCUCAUGUAAAACAAAUGACCAGUUUGCAUUUAAAUGUUUUUUUUCAGGGUGUUGAAAAUGGCUAAUGUUUAGAUGUUCUGCUUUGUUUCUCUUUUUUUAUUUUUUUAUGUUUUUGAUAAAAAUCACAUUUUCGUCUUUUUGGAUACCAGUUUCACUUCACUAAAACUCUAUGUCAGAGCUCUUGGGAAAAGUUAUUACAUUUAUUUAUUAGAUUGUAAGGUACGUUGAAUGAAGUGCAAUUGACACGGCACCAGGGAGAAGAGGCAUUAUGUGGGACAUUGACGCACAUUCUAACAGGAGCAUUUAUACAUGCAACAUUAAUGAUCAGUGAAGCUGCACACCUCCAGACAUUGCACAAUGAAAUUGAAUGUAUCUUAUUAAAAGAGACGUGUAAAAAAACAAAAA